AUGGAUUUCUCCUGUGUUGGUAUUAACUUCCCCAAAUGGCGCAAAAGCCUUCAAAACCUGCUAAUCUUUGCACACUGCUUAAAGAUCGUACUGAUAGUGGCGCUUAGCCAUCUGGGACUGCUCAAACCUGCAGUACAGAUCUCUGAGCCAACUGCUGACUCCAUGGACCACCAUCCGAAUCCGACCAAUUCGAUACUGGCGAUCGAUCCCCUGUGCCCGUCGAUAGUCCCGGUCCCUAUCCACGUUCUAACAGAAUACAUCAAGAGGCGGCUCCCGGUGGUGGAAUUUAGUCAGGUUUUCGAAAAAUACACAAAACUUGGACAUCAAGAUACUGCUUGCAGUAUAUGCUUGGAGUGCAUAGAGAGGGGCCAUGAGGUGAGGGAGCAGUCUAACUGCGAUCAUUUGUUUCACAGGGAGUGUCUGGAUAGUUGGGUCAAUCGGGGCCAUGUGACCUGCCCCUUGUGCCGAGCUACGCUGUUUCCGGCCAAGAGCAAAACUGCGAGCUGCGGCGGAGGAAAUUUAGGGACGACGGAGAGGGGUGAUGCCUACUUUGAUAGGUUGGAAUUCAUUGUGAGAUGA